AUUUUAAUUGUUUUGAAGGAACUAAUUUCAGUUUUUCUUUAGAAUAUAUAAUAAUUUUAUGUGUGCAUUAUUUUUUCGCUAUAAAUUUAUUAAUUAUUUUGGCGGCGAAGAAAAAGAAUUUCUGCAGUGUCACGUGACUUUGCUAGUGCGCUACGUCACUCGCUCCGAGAGGAAGGAUUCUUGUGUUAAAAAUGGUGGUUGCGACUUCUUGUAACGUGGCUUCAUCACGUACUAAGAACUAAAAUUGUUUUUAAAACCUUGUAGAAGAACGAUUAAUUUUAAAAAGCCUUGUUAUGAGUGUUAUGGCGAUAGUUUAUAUCUAAUUAUUAAUUGUUGCCAGCUAGUUGGUCAUUUUGGACUUGUAUUAUUUCGAACGAUCAUGCAGAAUGGUUGCUCAGCAUUGAUGUCUGCCAUUUUGAAAUGACCAACGUUUUACCGAUGAAAUCGAAGUCUCGUUUGUUUUUAAAAGUUUCAAAUUACUAAAGAAGGUGUCAUUUUUUCUUUGCUUGUGCAAUAAAUUUGAACUGCUUAACUUUUUUGGAAAUUAAGACAAUUUCGUAUUCUUAUUUCAUUUUUCCAUAAUGGAUAAGGAAGAAUCAAUAAAUUCAGGUGAUUUGUCUUCAAGCCUAAACAACGACAAAGAUUCAUCAGAAAGAAAUGAAACACAUUCUGCAAAUGAAAAUUCAGAUAGUGAUUCUGAUUCAGAUUCUAGCUCAGGUUCUGGUUCUCAGUCUGCAAAAUCUGGUUCAGAUUCAGGUUCCGGCUCAGAUAAUGAAAAAUCUGACUCUGGGAGAUCUAAGAAAAGCUCUAACUCAGAGUCAAAUAGUGCAAAAUCAGAUUCAGGAUCUGAUUCAGAAUCGGGCGGGGAAAGUAAAGCUUCCGUUAAAGAAAAUGCUUCUAAUUCUGAGCAAGAUUCUGAAAGUGAUGGAGAUAACGAAAUCAAAAGUUCUCCAGAAAGUGAGACUUCAAAGGCAAACAAACAAAGAGAAAUCAAACGUUCUCCUAAGAUAAAAAAAGAAUUAGAUGAUUUAAAGCAAUUGUGGGAAGAAAAUCCUGAAGAGUUUGGAAUCAGAAGGUCGGGUAGAUCUCGCAAGGAGCCUGAACGAUAUAAUAUUGGUGAGGAUUCUGAAGAAAGUGAUAGUGGUAGGAGAGGAAGCGAUUCCAAACCAGCAAAGCGUAAUAGAAGAAAACAGUCUCAAGAUUGGGAUAAUUCUGAUGAUAGUGAGAGUGACAGUGCUGAUGAAUCAUACAGAAGCAAGAAGAGUACUCCACGAAGUAAAGCUAAUCAGUCAGAUAGAAGGAAGCCUUCCAAAUCAAGUAGCAAUAAAAAGAAAGUAAAGGCUAAGAAAAGAACUUCAUCUUCAGAUGAAUAUGAUUCUGAUUGUAGUGAUGAGAAACAAGUGCCUUUGCGGCAGACAAGAAAAGAAGUCAGUUAUAAAGAACAAAGUGCAGAUGAAACUGAUUCUGAAGAUCUGAUAGAAAUUGAGUAUAAUGAUACUAUGAUGGAAGAAGAAAUAGCUGAAACAAUUGAGAAAGUUCUUGAUCACAGAAUAGGAAAAAAAGGAGCCACUGGUGCAUCUACUACAGUUUAUGCUGUGGAUGAUUUUGGCAAUCCAAAUGAUGAAAAAGCUACAGAAACUGAAGAGCAGUAUUUAAUUAAAUGGAAAGGUUGGUCUUAUCUGCACAAUACUUGGGAGUCUGAAGCCACACUGAAGGAACAAAAAGUUCAAGGGAUCAAAAAGCUGGAAAAUUAUAAAAAGAGAUUAGAAGAAAUAGCAGAUUGGAAAAGUCAUGCUUCACCAGAAGAUUUAGAAUACUAUGAAUGUCAGCAAGAGCUUUCUCAGGAUGUUCAUUUUCAGCAUCUUCAGAUGGAAAGGAUUAUUGCUCAUGGUCCUUCAAAAAGUGGGGACGGUAGUGAAACCGAGUAUUUUUGCAAGUGGUCUGGAUUGCCUUAUAUUGAAUGUACAUGGGAAGAAGGUAGUUUGAUAGAAAAGAAAUUUCAGAAUAAAAUUGAUGAGUACUUUGCCCGUCAAAAAAAUCAGAAAAUUCCAAGCAAAGUUUGUAAAGCUCUGAAAGUUCGCCCAAAGUUUAUACCUCUUAAAGCUCAACCAAAAUAUGUUGGUGGAGUCAAUAACUUAGAAUUGAGAGAUUAUCAAUUAGAAGGGUUGAAUUGGUUGGCCAACUCUUGGUGCAAAGAAAAUAGUGUUAUUUUGGCUGAUGAGAUGGGUUUAGGCAAAACUAUACAAACGAUCAGCUUUCUCAAUUAUCUUUUUAAUCAACAUUCUGUGUAUGGUCCAUUCUUAUUAGUUGUACCACUUUCAACAAUGACAUCCUGGCAGAGAGAAUUUGAAAUGUGGGCACCAGAAAUGAAUGUUAUAGUUUACCUUGGUGAUGUUAAUAGCAGGAAUGUUAUUAGACAAUAUGAAUGGUGUCAUCCUGGUAACAAAAGACUGAAAUUUAAUGUUCUUAUUACAACAUAUGAAUUGUUGCUAAAAGACAAAACUUUUUUAUCAAGUAUUAGCUGGGCUGUAUUAGGAGUUGAUGAGGCGCAUCGCUUGAAAAAUGAAGAUUCAUUAUUAUAUAAGUCUUUAUUUGAAUUUGAUACAAAUCAUCGUUUACUGAUUACUGGAACACCCCUUCAAAAUUCAUUAAGAGAAUUGUAUGCUCUUCUUCACUUCAUUAUGCCUCAAAAAUUUUCUUCAUGGGCUGAAUUUGAAGAUGAACACAAAGAGACUGCUGACAAAGGAUAUCCUAAAUUGCAUAAGCAAUUGGUGCCAUUCCUGCUGCGAAGAGUUAAAAAAGACGUGGAAAAAUCUUUACCUGCUAAAGUUGAACGCAUAUUAAGAGUUGAAAUGACAGCCGUACAGAAGCAGUUUUACAAAUGGAUUCUGACCAAAAAUUACAAAGCUUUAAGUAAAGGUCUAAAAGGAAACAUAGGCAGUUUUUGUAAUAUCAUCAUGGAAUUAAAAAAAUGCUGCAAUCAUGCAAUGCUGGUUCGAAGUGUUGACAAUCCAAACAAUUUGGAUCAUUUGCAGCUUUUGAUUCGUAGUAGUGGUAAAAUAGUUCUCUUGGAUAAAUUGUUAUGUCGUCUGAAAGAAACUGGGCAUCGAGUAUUGAUUUUCUCUCAGAUGGUUAGAAUGCUUGAUAUAUUGAGUGAAUAUAUGCAGCUUCGUCAUUUUUCAUAUCAGCGCUUGGAUGGAUCUAUUAAAGGUGAACUACGAAAACAAGCUUUGGAUCAUUUCAAUGCAGAAGGUUCUCAGGACUUUUGUUUCCUAUUAUCAACCAGAGCUGGAGGUUUAGGUAUUAACCUUGCCACUGCAGAUACUGUGAUCAUAUUUGAUUCUGAUUGGAAUCCUCAAAAUGAUCUUCAAGCUCAGGCUAGAGCUCACAGAAUAGGACAAAAAAAUCAGGUUAACAUUUACCGCCUGGUUACCAAAAAUAGUGUGGAGGAAGAUAUUAUUGAAAGAGCAAAAAGGAAAAUGGUAUUAGAUCAUUUGGUCAUUCAAAGAAUGGAUACUACUGGACGAACAAUUAUGCAGUCCAAUAAAGCUCCUAACACAAGCAGUACUACACCUUUUAAUAAAGAGGAAUUAGCUGCUAUUCUAAAAUUUGGUGCAGAAGAAUUGUUUAAAGAAACAGAAGAUGGUGAUGAAGAACCACAGGUUGAUAUAGAUGAGAUUCUUAGUCGAGCUGAAUAUAGGGAGGAUCAGCCUAUGUCUGUCGGAGAAGAACUGCUGUCUGCUUUUAAAGUUGCAAGUUUUAAUUUUAAUGAAGAAGAUGUCAGCAUGCAAAGCACUGGUGAUACUAAAGAUACUGAAAAGGAUUGGGAUGAUAUUAUUCCUGAAGAUGAUCGGAUGAAGAUGGAGGCAGAAGAAAGAGAAAAGGAGGAAAUGGAAAUGUUUUUGCCUCCAAGAAGUCGAAAACCAGUUAAAAGGAUGUCUAAGCAUUCAGACAGUGAUGCCAGUAAAGGAGAUUCUGGAAGUGGAUCUGAUAAGGAUGAUUCUGAUGAAGACAGGCCCAAAAAGAGAGGUCGACCUCGCAUUGUCAAAAAUGAAGCCAUUAAGGAUUUUACUGAUGCUGAAAUUAGAAGGUUUCUUAAAAGCUAUAAGAAAUUUCCAUCUCCAUUAAAAAGGUUAGAUGCUAUUGCCAUGGAUGCAGAAUUACAAGAAAAAACUUUUAGUGACUUAAAAAAAUUAGGCGAGUUAAUAAAAAAUAGUUGUGAUAAAGCCAUGAAGGAACACCAAGAAAAAGCAGAGAAUGAGGAAGAAGCUGCUCCAAAGAAGAGAGGCAGAGAGAGAGGGCCUACCUUCAAAGUUGGAGGCGUUUCUGUUAACGCCAAAACUUUAUAUGCCAAUGAAAGUGAGCUUCAGCCUCUUGAUAUUAUCAUUCCAGCAGAUAAAGAGGAAAGGAAGAAGUGGAUUUUAAAAGAGCAUGUGAAAGAUGCACAUUUUGAUAUGCCAUGGACACCUGAAGAUGAUUCAAAUCUACUGAAAGGUGUAUAUGAACAUGGUAUGGGAAAUUGGGAAUCAAUUAAAAUGGAUCCUACAUUGGGACUGGGUGAUAAGAUAUUACCAGAUGGGGAACAAAAACCACAAGCUAAAAAUUUGCAAGCACGCUGUGAUUAUUUACUGAAAGUACUGAAAAGAGUGACUGAUUCUAAGCCUGGACUGGAUGUUCCAAAAGCUAAACGAGGUCGCAAACCCAGAGCUGAUAAAAUUGUUUUGAGUAAAGCAUUUGUAGAUAAUGAUGAUAGUGAUGCUUCUGUGAAUUCUACACCAACUAAAGAGAAUAAACCACGUGCUAAAAAAAUUAAGUCUGAAAGCAUAGUAUUGGAUGAUAAGAGUAAUAAGGAACAUUUAUCACCUGUUAGCAAACCACUUGCAUUGAAUGACGUUGAUACUGAGGUAAAGAAAAAGAAAUCUGACAAAGCUGAAAAGCCAAAGAAAACAAAAGAUAAAGAAAAAGAAAAGGUAAAUACUUCUCAGGGCAGUGCAAAGGAAAAGAAGAAGAAUAAAGUUCCUCCCGUCAUGCAUAUUACAGCAAAUGCUGAACCACAAGUCAUAGAUAACACUGAGAGGGAACUGAAAGAAGAAGUCUUUAAAGCAUGCAAAGAACAAAUGAGGCCAGUAAAGAAAUAUUUAAUGGCACUUGAUUUUAAAGAUGAACCAUUGUCAGCAGAAGAUAAGACCAAACUAUUUUCGCAAUAUUUAUUAAAGAUUGGAAGGAAAAUAUCCGAGAUUCUCAAAGGAUAUCAGGAUCCGGUUAAAGUAAAAGAAUGGCGAAGCAACUUAUGGAUAUUUGUAUCUCAUUUUACUGAACAAGAUGCAAAACAGCUGUAUAAAAUUUAUCGCCAAGCAUUGAGAGAUUUAGAGCUUGUUCGUUCUCCUGCAUCGUCUAUGGACGCAAAGAAAGGAAAUGAAAAGAUGGAAAAUAAAUCAACUCGUGAUACCAGUCCCAAGCAAGGACCUGAUAAACACGGUAGUAAACAUCGACCACCAAACCAUUCAAUGAAGAGACAUGCUGAUGAAGAUUCAAGUAAAAAAAGUGAUAGACCAAUGAAAAAGAAAUACAGUGAUAAUUCUAAUGAUAGAAAAAUGUCUGAAAGACGAGACAGCUUCAGUGAUUCUCGGAGUUCAGACAAAGGUAUAUUACCUCAAAAAAGUCCAUCCAACAGUUAUUCCACACCUCAUCAUGGCUAUUCUAAUCACAGGGACAAUUCAAAGAUGAAGAUGGAUAGAUGGAAUAAUUCUCCUCAUCCAGGGAACUGGCCUAAAGAUAGAUAUUCCAGUGAUUAUAACAAAAGGGAUCACUACCGAAGCUAUCCUAGGGAUGAAGGAAACAGUUUUCGAGGUAAACCUCACAACAGAGAUUACCCAUAUCCUCAAGACAGACAUAAUAACAGGUAUCAUUCCGGUGGAAAUCAUGGAGGAUUUUCUCAUUACAAUAUGCAUCAAUCAUCAUAUGGUGCGUCAACACAACCACCACCUGCUCAUUCUGGUUAUAGUUAUGGGGCAAGACCACCCAUACAUUCACCUUCUUCCAUGGGCUCUCAACCUCCUCCCCCACCUGGUGUUGGAGAACAUCAUGGGGAUUCAUAUAGCUCAUAUCAAGGUCAUGCAGAUUCCUGGCGAAGAAGAGAUGAGCAUCGCAAAGAUCAUAGUUCUAGAGAUUAUAAAAUAAAAAACCAGCCCUAGUCCUAAAAUAUUUGUGUACAUAAUUCAUAUUUCUUGAUUUGACUUUGAAAUCAAACAAAACUGUAAAAAAUUCAAGCAUUCAUUGAUGCAAAUGAAUUUGACCAUUAGAAUAUAUGAGAAUCAUUAAGGAUUAGCUCAUGAAGACUGUGAUGUGGCAACAAGCCGGGGACUGCUUUCAUCUGCUGUAAUUAUUUCAUUCCAAUGACUGAAACAUUCAUCUGUGUGUCAAUUCAGAAAUUUCACAUCAAACUGUACAUAGUAAAAUUAAUGUUAACCAGUUUUUGUAUGUGUUAUUUAUUAUAUAAAAUAAAAAAAAAACUUUUGUUAUUUUGUCUCUAUAUCAAAAUUAGUCCAUCUUUACAAAAUGUCUUGCCUAGUUUCAGAAAUUUUUGCAGUGAGGAAAUUACUUAACAUUACAAAUGAGUUCUUAAUCAUUUUUAUUCCAAUGCAUAAUAAGAUAAAGCAAUCAAUAAAUGCUUAUAUUUUUUUAUCCAUUCAUCUUCAAUUCUUAUUAUGCAUAAAAUUUACUUCAAAUGGAAUCCUAGAAUUAUGUCUUUUUAAAAUUGAAUCUAUAUAUGAGAAACUUGAUUAAGUUAUAUACUUUUUACUUUACAACUUAUAUAGUGUUAUAUUGAUAAUUUACAGUUAUUUUUAAAAUCAACACAUAGUAUAUCUAGUCUGAUUUCUUUGGUAGUGUACUCUAGCCUACGUUUCAGAGCUUAUAUAAAGAAUGGGGAAAGGGCGCAUAGAAUUCUAUUUUGAUGUAUGAGAUACAAUGUUAUAAUAAAAAGAUUUCCUAAGAA